GAUAUCCGUUUUCUUCGCACUGGGAGAGGGAGUGAAGAUGGCGGCGGCCGAAUCUGAUCGUGAAGUACCUUCUGCUCUGUGUACUGAAUUCCUGAAUUUCUCUGUCAAAGACACAGCUUCGAAAUGGCUCCAGGUGACUGACCUGUACAAGGAGGUGUACCAUCACCUGGCCCGCUAUGUCCCAAAGAUCUACUGCCUGGGGCCCAACCUGAACCCCCAGAGUGAGGACUUGCUGGCCCAGAUGCUGCUGCAGGCCCCGCUGGAGUGGUACCUGUGUGGGGAGGACCCCUCCACGGGCCUGGCCAAGCUGGAGCAGAACAACCAGCCCUCACAGCUCUGCGGACACGUCUUCAAAGUGGGAGAGCCCACCUACUCGUGCAGGGAAUGUGCUGCAGACCCCACCUGUGUGCUGUGUAUGCAGUGUUUCCUGGGCAGUGUGCAUAAAGAGCAUCGCUACAGGAUGACGACCUCUGGGGGAGGGGGUUUCUGUGACUGUGGAGACACCGAGGCAUGGAAGAAGGGCCCUUACUGUCAGAAACACGAGCCCAACAUCAGUGACUCCUGUCAUGAGGAUCCCCUGGCCCACCUCUCAACAGACAUGAUUGCCCGCUGCUAUAAUGUCUUCUCCAUUGUGCUGAAAUACGCCGUGGACAUGCUCACCUGGGACAAGGAGGAUGAGCUGCCCCCGGGCCUGGAGCCUCCAGACCGAAGUGACACCUAUUACUGCAUGCUCUUCAAUGACGAGGUGCACACCUACGAGCAAGUCAUCUACACCCUGCAGAAGGCGGUCAACUGCACCCAGAAAGAAGCAGUCAGCUUCGCCACCACAGUGGACAGAGAUGGAAGGAAAUCGGUGCGCUUUGGCGACUUCGCUUUCUGUGAGCUGGCCAAGUCGGUCAUUGUGAGGAACACGAGUCGUCAGUCCAAGCCCUUGCGGGUCCAGGUAAUGCACUCCUCGGUGGUGGCUCAUCAGUGCUUCGCUCUCAAAGCCCUCCACUGGCUGGGCCACGUCAUAGGAUACUCAGAUGCUCUGAGGAGGAUCCUGUGUCAGGUGGGCCUAGAGAGGGGCCCAGAGGGUGAGAACUCCUCCCUGGUGGACACGCUCAUGCUCUGUGACUCCAAGAUGUGGAAAGGAGCCAGGAAUGUCUACCACCAGCUCUUUAUGAGCAGCCUUCUCAUGGACCUCAAAUACAAGAAGUUGUUUGCUAUCCAGUUCGCAAAAAAUUAUGAGCGCUUGCAGAGCGACUAUGUGAAAGAUGACCACGACAGGGAGUUCUCGGUCACUGACCUCUCGGUGCAAAUGUUCACAGUGCCCUCCCUGGCGCGGAUGCUGAUCACCGAGGAGAACCUGAUGACCACCAUAAUCAGGACCUUUGUGGACCACCUGCGCCACCGCGACCUGCAGGGCCGCUUUCAGUUUGAGCGCUAYACCGCCCAGCAGGCUUUCAAGUUCCGCCGCGUUCAGAGCCUCAUCGGAGACCUCAAGUACGUCCUCAUCAGUCGGCCCACAGAGUGGAGUGACCAACUCAGGGAGAAGUUCCUGGAGGGUCUGGACACCUUCCUGGAGCUGCUCAAGUGCAUGCAGGGAAUGGACCCGGUUGUGAGGCAGGUGGGCCAGCACAUUGAGAUGGAGCCUGAGUGGGAGGCAGCCUUCACCCUGCAGAUGAAGCUCACACACAUCAUCUCCAUGAUACAGGAGUGGUGCGCUACAGAUGAGCGUGUGCUGAUUGAAGCCUAUAAGAAGUGCCUGACAGCCCUUACACACUGCCACAGUGGCUUCGCCGACGGGGAGCAGCCCAUCACACUGAGCAUGUGUGGACAUUCUGUGGACACCAUCCGCUACUGUGUGUCUCAGGAGAAAGUCAGCAUCCACCUGCCUGUGUCCCGCUUACUUGCAGGUCUCCACGUUCUCCUCAGUAAGAUGGAGGUGGCCUACAGAUUCCCUGAACAGCUUCCGCUGAGUGAGCUAAGCCCCCCCAUGCUAAUAGAACACCCCCUUCGCUGCCUGGUCCUCUGUGCCCAAGUGCACGCUGGGAUGUGGAGGAGAAACGGCUUCUCAUUGGUCAAUCAGAUCUACUACUACCACAAUGUCAAGUGCAGAGUGGAGAUGUUUGACAAGGACCUCAUUAUGCUGCAGGCCGGCGCUUCCAUGAUGGAUCCCAACCACUUCCUGAUGAUAGUCCUGAGCCGCUUCGAGCUCUACCACAUCUUCAGCUCCGCCGACUGCAGGAAGAGAUACAACCGGGAGACCGCCAACAAGGACGUGGUCCAGCAGAACAACACCCUAACGGAGGAGAUGCUGCACCUCAUCAUGAUGGUUGUGGGUGAGCGUUUUGAAGCUGGUAUCGGCCAGGUGGAAGGCUGUGACGAGAUCAAGCGGGAGAUCCUUCACCAGCUUUGUAUUAGACCAAUGGCCCACAGCGAGCUGGUCAAAGCCCUGCCUGAGAACGAGAACAAGGAGACUGGUAUGGAGAGAGUGAUCGACUGUGUUGCGUCGUUUAAGAAGCCUGGCGUGACAGGCAGAGGGCUGUAUGAGCUCAGGCCAGAGUGUGCCAAGCAGUUCAACCUCUACUUCCACCACUACUCCCGGGCCGACCAGUCCAAGGCAGAGGAAGCCCAGAGAAAGCUGAAGAGACAGAACGGAGAGGACACAGCCCUCCCUCCUCCGGUGCUGCCCCCGUUCUGCCCGCUGUUUGCCAGCCUGGUGAACAUUCUGCAGUGUGACGUACUGCUAGGCAUGCUGGGAGCCGUGCUCCAGUGGGCCGUGGAGCCCAGCGCAGGACACUGGUCUGAGUCCAUGCUGCAGAGGGUGCUCCACCUAAUAGGCAUGGCUUUACUGGAGGAACGGCAGCAGUUAGAGAACAGUAGUGAGGACAACGACGUCUACUUCAACUUCACCCUCAAAAUGUCCCCCCUGGCGUGUGUGGGCCCCAGGCGGUCACGUCCCAGGGAGAAGAGGCAGGUUGUUACGUGUAUCCUGUGCCAGGAGGAGCAGGAGAUCAGGGCUGACAGCAAGGCCAUGGUGCUGGCUGCCUUCGUCCAGCGCUCCACCGUCAUGUCCAAGAACCGCAAGAGACCGCCGCACGACCCCGAGCAUUACGACCCUCUCUUCAUGCACCCUGACCUGUCGUUUGGCACACACACAGGCAGCUGUGGCCACAUCAUGCACUCUCACUGUUGGCAGAGGUAUUUUGAGGCGGUGCAGGCCAAGGAGCAGCGGCGUCAACAGCGACUGCGCGUCCACACCAGCUACGAUGUGGGGAACGGGGAGUUCCUGUGUCCGCUGUGCGAGUGCCUCAGUAACACUGUCAUUCCACUGCUCCCCGGCACCAAGGGCUCCAACAGUUGUGAGCAGCCUGGUCUUGGUCAGUGGCUAAAGAUCAGUGGUCAGCAGAUCAAGGCCAUGCACUCUGCCCACAGGAAACUCCAGCCCGUCGGUGUUGACGCUGUUGAAGAGAUGGUAGAAGAGGGGUGCUCUGCCCCUGAGAGUUUUAGGAUAGACUACACGCCCAUGAGUCCUUACUCCAGCACCAUAAAGGAGAUGCUGACGACGUUUGGGACGGCGACCUACAAAGUUGGCCUUAAGGUGCACCCCAACGAGCAGGACCCCCGCGUGCCCAUCAUGUGCUGGGGCAGCUGUGCCUACACCAUCCAGUCUAUCGAGCGACUGUUGGUGGACGAGGAGAAGCCUUUAUUUGGAAGUUUACCUUGCAGACAGGAUGACUGCCUGAGCUCCCUGGCCAGGUUUGGCUCAGCGUGUUGGACUGCAGCCUCUCAGCCCUCCGUGCAGGGCCACUACAUCAGACUGGUAGCAGCAUUGAUUCCAGACCCCCAGGUGGAGACCUCUCCCUGUAUCCUGGACAUAGACAUGUUGCACCUUCUGGUGAGUGUGGUGCUGUCUUACGGGUCGGUCCAUUCCCAGGACUCUUCAGGGCUGAGCGUAGACGCUGUCCAGCUGCACUUCUUCCACCUCAUCACUGUGGCUCACAUGGUCCAGAUGCUGCUCACGUCAGGCCCAGAGGAGGUGACCAUGGAGCAGGAGAGUGGGGGAGCAGAGAGGGAAGAGGAGGAGGACAUCUGUGCUCUCUACAACACCCUCAGAACACACCUGGGAAGUUCCCUGCCUGAGGUGGGCUCUGGUUGGCACCUGUGGCGUUGCGUGAAGACUGGUAUCUUGCCCUACCUGAGAGGAGCUGCACUCUUCUUCCACCACCUUAACGGGGUUCCUACGCCCCCAGAGCUGCAUGCUCUGUGUCCUGGUCAGUGGGAGGUGCUGUGUGGAUACCUCAGUCUGCCCUCCAACCUGCUUCAGCUUUACCACAGUCAGAAGGAGCUACUGGAGCCCUUACUGCACGGGUGGUGCUCUCACCCAGGUGUACGACAGACCCUCCAGGGAGGUGGCGUUCUCGUGAGUUUCCCUCGGGAGUCCAACAGCCUGAUUGACCUCCCAGAUGACUACAGUGCCCUCAUAAACCAAGCAUCCAGCUUCACGUGCCCUAAGUCGGGUGGGGAUAAGUCCCGUGCGCCCACCCUGUGCCUGGUGUGUGGUUCCAUGCUGUGUUCUCAGAGCUACUGCUGCCAGACAGAGCUAGAUGGAGAGGACGUGGGAGCCUGCACCGCGCACACCUUCGCCUGCGGAGCCGGAGUAGGCAUCUUCCUCAGAGUGCGAGAGAGCCAGGUUCUGUUCCUGGCUGGUAAAACUAAGGGCUGUUUCUACGCUCCUCCUUACCUGGAUGACUAUGGAGAGACGGACCAGGGCCUAAGGCGGGGGAACCCAUUGCACCUGUGCCGCCAGCGCUACCGCAAGAUCCAGAAGCUGUGGCGCCAGCACAGCGUCACAGAGGAAAUAGGCCACGCCCAGGAGGCCAACCAGACCCUGGUGGGUAUCGACUGGCAGCACCUGUGAUGUCAUAGGUUACUAUAGGUCCCACCCACCAGAGUCGGAUACACCCCUUCUCCCAACAUGGGGGACUCUGCACAUGAGAGAGCAGCAGUAUGGUGGACAUGGCAACAGAGCCCCACCUCUCUCGCUCCUCCCUCUCUAACCCCUCUGUCGGGGAGUGGAUGUAUGUUUUUCUCCUUUUCUUUUUGCUGUUUCUCCCUGGAAAGAAUGUGUUCCUCUAUUUUCUUUCUGAUUUAAUAUAAAAUAUAUAUAUAUUAUAAAGCAUAUAGCUGACACAUCGGGCCGCCGGGGUCGGGUGCAACAUGAAUACUCCAGAGUGUAACUUCUUUAUAGGAAUGUUAUUUAAUUUCUGCCUAUUCAAAUACGAUUUAAAUUAUUUCUAAGGUAGAUAGAUGGCUGCCGUGUUGGAUUGCUUUGAUACUAAACAUUGAGUAAGCACAAGGUUUUCAUCCUUGCUUUUGUCAGCCAGUGACUGCUCAUUUCAGAGUUUGGGCCAAAAUCUCAUCUGAUAGGUCUAUAGGUGAGGUCAGAUUGUGCCCAAUUCUGUUUCAAUUCCUUUGAAUUUAAGUUUGAACUCAAGAGCCGAAAAAUCCGAAUUGAAAAUAAAUAGUGCUUUUCAGCUUUGAAUUAGAAUUUCAAUUCAAGUCCUGAAAUUGAUUGACCCCAACGCGCUAUGUGAGAGCCACUGCUGACCCAUUGCAGUGUGGGGGUUACAUUCUCCCCCCUGCUGCAAUCAUUGAAUACUUUCUCCAGUCUGAUGGACACCCAAAUACACAGUGCAGUAACACACCAGUGUUUGCGUGUUGUAACUCCCGAGGGCCUGUGUUUUGGUUUUUCAAUUUGUCCGUGUGUAUGUUGGCGUGCGUGUGAAAUCUUUUUGCAGGUUAUGUUUAUGUGCGUUUUGAAUGUGUCCAGACUGUUCGUUGUCAACUAUUCGUUUUUUAACACUAUAUUUAAGGAAACCUGAUAUGAGCCUUUACCGCAAGGCUGUCUCUUCCUUUUGUGGUAAUAUGUGGUUGGUUGGAGAGCCAUGUAUUCUCUUUAACUUUUUAUCUGACGUGGAUGUUGUGCAUUGAUGGGGUUUGUUUGUUUGUUUUGGUAAUUGUUUUUGUAUUGUCAUUUUUUGGAUCUCUGAGAAGAGUGCAGGAACAUAUCCCUUUAACCUUUUUUCAUGUAUGGACUGUGAAGUUGUCAUAAGUAGGGCCUGUGGGUUUGCCUGACGACCUGACCUGGAAAACAACUCUGGACCUAGCUUUAGCCUAUAAGUAAAGGCCAGAGUUGUGUUUUUGGUCAGGUAGUCCUAUCCCUAAUCAUAAGGUUGUCUCUGGACUGUACCAUUACCACACCUACAGAGGGGGCAGCAGUGUGUGACAUGACAGGUAGACUGAAAUAUCAUCCUUAAGCUCAGAAACUUAACAGGAUAAUCACACGCAGGCACUUUAGAGGAACGCGCACACACACACACAAACACACACACACUGCUCUCUGAUGCAGGGUCUCCCUGAUGCUGGGACCUGACGCUCUAUAAUUCUUCCUCCUAUCACUCCUUUGGCAUAUUCUCAUGGUAACCAUCCACACCCCCAUUCUUCAACACACUCCCAAUAUCGAGGCUGCAUCAUUAUUUUCAUGUCACAGACUUGUUAAUAUGUUAAUUAUUGUAUAAAUGAGUACAUUGUACUAUAUUGUAAAAUGAUACCUAAUUAAAAAGGAAAAGGAA